CACAGUGUUAACGUUAUCACACACGAUGGUCAGUUUCAGUUCACAGUUGGCCACGGCCACAGUGACUGUGGUGUGACUGUCAUCACGUUACUGGACUGAUGAGGAUGGAAAACAAAAGGUUUGCUUUUUGUGUUGGCAGCUGUUUAAAUUUGGGUUGCAGCGAUUGUUGAUGUUUUAAUUGUUAAAUUUCAAGAGCAGAAUCUUAUCUUUCUGACAAACUUCAGUUUUUAAAGAAAGAAAAUGGGAAAAACAACAUCAGCAGAGCGUAUGAGAAAACUUCGAGAAAAACUGAAGAAAGAUACCAGCAAGUACAAUGUCCAAAAAGAAAGAGAGCGGGAUAAGAGAAGAAGGGAAAAUAUGAAGAUGAAGGUAUCCUCCAGUGGAAAAUCUUUAUUGGAAUCUCGAAAGAAGGAAACUGAAAGAAAAAGGAAGUACAGACUUAAACUAAAAUCCGUAUUAAUUGAAGAUCAGUCUGAGACCUGUAUUUCCCAGUUAGGAUCAUAUAAAUGUCCUCAGUCUCUUGGCAAAGCUGUUCCUCGGGUAAAGAAGGUGCUUCCUUCAAGCCCCUCAAAAAAAUCAGCAGUAAUAAAAAAGCUUGUAAGUGAAAGCUUACCUAAAAAGGUAGUAAAGCAGAUUUUCCCAGUAGUGAAGAAAACAUCUCGUAAACUUACGGGUGAUAAUCUGCUCAAAAUACAAAAUUUUUUCACAAAUGAUGAAAUCAGCAGGCAGACACCUGGUAUAAAGGAUGUAAAGUCUAUUGUAGACCAUGAAACUGGGAAAAAGAGUUAGCUUGCAGAAACAUCACAUGAAUAUGACAGUUAAGGAAGCAUUUUUUUUCUUUUUAAGCAAGACAAUCCAGAUAUUAAUAUCAAGAUUUCAAAAUUCUACGAGUUGCGGCCUAAAAAUGUUGUUCUAACGUCUCAAAUGCCUCACAAUGUAUGUGUGUGCAGAUAUCAUGCUAACUUCAACUUCAUCAUUGAAGCCAUUCACAAAGAAAUAGCUAGUUUCCCUGCUACUCACACUCACCUUAUGAAUCUUGUUUGCUGUGAUGUAGAAAGUGAAAUAUGCAUGACAAGUCAAUGCAAGAAAUGCAUCAUGAAUUUACACACAUUAAUAGAUGGAAAGUUUGAUUUGUGUGACAUAAUAUCUUGGAGAAAAUGGACCAAACAUGAGUGUCACCCUAAACAGACUACUACCAGUGGAACACUUUGUGAAGCUCUCUCUGAACUUCAGUCUCAACUAAAAACGUUCAAGGAGCACUUCUUUGUCAAAAGGAUGCAAUCUGGAGCUUUCAAGACUGUGAAAGCAUCAGUUAGUGAUGAUGAAGUGAUAUUGCAAUUAGAUUUUGCAGAAAACUAUGCAGCACUGGCACAAGAUGAGAUACAAAGUGCCCAUUGGAGUCAUACACAGAUUACAGUGGUCACUAUUUGUGUUUGGAUGAAAACAGGGCUACAGUCAUUUGCAAUUGUGAGCGAUGAACUGUGCCACGACAAGUACUCUGUUUAUGCAUGUUUGAAGAGUAUAAUAAGUAAGCUGAAACAAGAGCUUCCCAAUUUGACCUCGAUACAAAUUUUUUCUGAUGGUUGCGCAGGUCAAUUUAAGAAUAAAUUCACCAUUUCUAACCUCUGGUACAUGAUGCAAGACUUUGGAGUGUCUGGAGAAUGGUUUCUCUUUGCAACAUCACAUGGGAAAAGUGCAGUGGAUGGCAUUGGAGCUGUAACAAAAAGGGCUGUUUGGAACAAAGUUAAGCAAAGAAAAGUCAUCAUCAGCAAUGCACAGGAAUUUUUAGACUGUGCCAAAUCAUCUGUUUCUGGAAUAAACUUUCUUCUUCUGAUAAAAGAUCACAUUGAUGAAAACAGAGACCUUCUGGAUGGCCGCUGGAAAGCUGUUAAAAAAAUAAAAGAUAUUCGCAGCAAGCAUUACUUCAACGGUUACAAUACCUGUAACCUAGUAUGUGGUAGAACUUUCCUAAAAUCAGAUUUAGAGAAAGUGGAGGUUUUCCCACUUUCACUAAUCUACACAGAUUCAGAGAUGAGUGAUGAGGAAUCAUAUCCUGAUGUCCUGUUGACACCCAAUUCCCAAGAAGUUACAGGUUCAGAACCAGCUGUGGAACAAAUCAUGCCAGGAACAUUUAUUUUAGUUGAGUUCCAAACUGCAAGAAAGAAAUCCACUACAUACAGAUAUGCUGCAAUUGCACAGAGAAGUGUAGAAGACAAUGGGGAAAUAUAGAUUAUGUGUACGCGAUCUGUUGGGGACUCAGCAAAGGUAUUUAAAGCUGACGAGCAGGAUGUAUCCUACAUAGAGUUUAAACAAGUUCUUGCUAUUCUCCCGAAUCCAAAUGUCAAACAUGUUAGAGACACCUUAUAUUAUGAGUUUCCCGGCAAUUUAGACAUUUUCGAAAGUGGGUGAGAGGUCAAGUGUAUUUUUUCAAAGUGGUACAUUCUUCAAGUGAAAUAAUUAAGUACUCAUAAUUGUAAACUAAUACUAUACCAAAAUGUAUGUUAUUUAUAAGCAACAAAAAUGUUCUACAAAGUUAUUAAAACUUAAAGUGCCCUCUAAGUAUAUGUUACCUACUGAUUCAUA